GUUUCAUCUUCGCCUCUCUCUCUCUCUCUGACGGCUCACUGCUCCAAAUUUCCCUAAUUCCCUUCCCCUUCUUUAUCUUCUUCCAAAUUCAUUUCCAUCCGCAACAGGCUGUAAUAAUAUUUCAUGGAGGUGGUUCAAGGAUCAAUCAUUUGAGUAGCUUCUAGGUACAUUCGAUUCCGUCGAAAAAUGGAUGAUGAAAAAGGUCUUGAUCUGAGCUUGUCUUUACGUGGUGGAAGUAAUACCUCACAGAAAGGUAACCGCGGUAGUGCAUCCGAAAAUAGAUCAGACGAAGGUGAUAGAGACACCAAAUUGAUAAAUGAGUUCAAGAAUUUUCUAGAAGGCGGGACCCAGCAGCAUCCCCCGAAAGUCGAGGAGAACAUAUACAGCAACUUCGGUAAAGCCGUCGUCGAUGCGGAAACGUCUAAGAACUCAAACACCGGCGGGAUGUGGAACAAUGAUAGCAGGUCUGCUGAAACCGAGGAAGAACGGAGAUCGAGCGUCGGCGAGAAGCGUAAAGGCUUGUUUCCCGAUGCAAACCAGCAGAAGAAGCUAGAACGAGAAGGUAGUAAUCUGGAUUUAGUCGAGAAGACGAAAGUGUCGCAUAUAUCAAUAACUACCGACGAGGGGUCGACGGCCGAAAACGAAGAUGUAGCUGAUUCUGAAGUGGACGGUUCAACGUCGAGGCACGCUUCGCAAACCGACGACAUGACGAAACGAUUCGUAUCGAGUGGUAGCAUUUCCAGGAUUCAAAAGGACGGAUUUGGUGAUUCAAGUGGCGUUGAAAUUUUAGGACAGAAGAGAUACGCUAUUUCGUCGGAAAAGGAGAUAAUAAACAGGGGAAACAUGCCCUCGUACGGUGUUCCGUACCCGGGUCAACCGGUGAACACUAACAUGCCCUACACAUCGCCAGGAAACAAUUCGAACUCUAUUGGUGCACCUAAUUUGCCUAGCUACCCGAUGCCCGGAAUAUUGCAUGGAAUGACUGCCCCUAACGGCGAAAGACCUGCGGCGAUGCAAUCGAAUUUUCCUUUAAUGUUUGGGUACAAUCCUGUCCAGCUUCCAGCGCUGGAUCGGGAUAAUUCACGAGGUGCUACGUCUCAUCAUCUACCUGUUCACCCUGCUUACAUCGGAAGAAAUCCUCCUGAAGCUCUUAAUGACAACCGGAAGCUAUCUGAAGGUCCUAUGCCCAUGAUGUCACACAAGUCUCCUCAAUCCACACAAUUCGACGGGAGGACUAUAGAGCACGGAAAAAACAAUGGAAAGCAGCAAAUCGGAGAAGAAGGCUCUUCUUCUCACCGAGAAUCUGAUCUGCGAGGAACCCUUCAGGUAAGAGAUACACCCGAUCAGCCUCAGCCUCGAGCCGAAACACCACCUUCCGAGUAUCCAUCCAUAAGGCCUGGAAUAGCCGCGGACCUCAAAUUUGGCGGAUGUGGCAGCUACCCGAACCUUCCAUGGGUGUCCACUACUGGGUCGGGACCCCAUGGCAGGACAAUUUCCGGGGUGACAUACAGAUACAGCGCUACUCAAAUAAGAAUCGUCUGCGCCUGUCACGGUUCUCACUUGUCGCCUGAAGAAUUUGUGCGGCACGCCAGUGAAGAAAGCAGCACUCCAGGCACAGGUGCCGGUUUAGCAUCAGUUUCAGGUAACAAUCCUUCUGCCUCGGCUCACAGCUGAUUUUAUUUUAUUAUUUUGUUUUUUUUUUUUUUUCGGAAUUAUGCUCUUUAAGUUGAUUUAUAUUUCAUGAAAGGAAUAAGCUUUACUGCGCAUCUGUUGUAUAUCUACUUAAUUUCAAUCUUGAUCGAUUCCUGUUUGGUGUGUAAAUUUUAUUAUUACUUGUGCCGUCUUGAACCAGUGUAUGUAGUUUUCGGGUUUAGUAUUAGGUCUAUUGUUGGUGUUUAUUUGGUCAUAGCGGUGAAUGCCGAUGAAUCGCAAGCUGAAUAUUUAACCAUGGUUGAUGUUUGGGUAGAAAAUUGGAAUUUUUUUAUGCAGUUUAUUUUCAUUCGGUA